AUGAGUGUCCAAGAAUUCAAACCGGAUAGUGAGCUAGGACAAAGGCUCAAGCAGCAGAUAGCUGCAAAAUUAGCUUCGUUGAACACAGAAGAUCCUGCAUAUGUGGCCGAGUUUUUGCUCGUUUUAAUUUCAAACAACAGGACUCGUGUUGAAAUUGUCGAAGAGUUUACCAGUUUAUUCGGUAACAUAAUUGACGAGCGAUUUGUUCAGGACGUUAUGGACGAGAUCAACAACAAUUUAAAUGGUAACCAAAUGCAACAGUCACAACAGUUACAACAUUCAGAACAGCAACAGCUACAACAACAGCAACAAGAACAACAGCAACAGCAACAGCAACAGGCUGCUCCUGUCCAGUCAUUUCAGCCUGCGCAAUCUGCAUUUAUGCCACAACAAGGUCAACAAACACCGGCACAAGCUCAGAAAAUUUCAUUUGCUCCACAGACCGGGACAGCACAAUCAGCAUUUGCUGGCCAACAAUUCAAUAUUCCCUCUUUCCCAAAAUCUAUGGAAUCUGGGGAUAAUAUGAUGAUUGAUGGUGCCGGAAAUAGAGAAACCAGAUUUUCUGAGAAUUUACAACGCAACUUUAGAAAUCAAGCUGAUAACUCCUCUAGCAGGUUUAAUUUCACUAAAAAUAACAGAGGGUCUUCUUUCAAAAAUACUAGAGGUGGUAGAAACUUGAAUAACAGGAGACAACAGGACUUACACAAAAUGAUUGAGAAAUCUCUCGAUAACAAUGUGGACCAGACUACUACUUUUGUGAGCAAGGUUCCAACUGAGAGAUGCAAAGAUUUUCCUCAUUGCUCUAAUAGGCUGUGUCAAUUUGGUCAUCCCACAAAGGUGUGUCGUAAUUUCCCAAAUUGCCCAAAUCAAAACCAAACCUGUCCUUUCUUACACCCCGGCGAAGAUGAUGCUUUAUUCAAAGAGUUUGAAAGAGUGAGAGAGGCCAAGCAACAACAAAGAAAUCAAUCAAGGAGUAACACCGGUAUCAUCUUAUGCAAGUUUGGUGCCAUUUGUUCGAAGGAAUUAUGUCCGUUUGGUCAUCCAACACCAGCAAAUAAAGAUGCGAAAGUGACUAUUCUCCAGUGGUGUGUUGAUAACAAGGAAUGUAAGGAUCCAACAUGUCCCAGAGCCCACUCAUCUCCAAAUUAUUCUGCACAAUCCCAAUUUAAUGUUGGUGGUAGCCAAGCUGCACCUGGCAGUGUGCCAAAUAUCGAGAAAACUUUAGAGCAAUGUAAAUUCGGCCAAUACUGUAAAAAUAUAAGAUGUCCAAAAAGGCAUGCAACAUCAUCAGUAUUAUGCAGGAAUGGUGCGCAAUGUACUAGGAUCGAUUGUACAUUCAACCAUCCAUUGAAUGAGGUGUGUAAAUAUGGUGUCAAUUGUACCAAUCUGAAUUGUGCAUACCAACAUCCUGAAGGUAGACAAAUCUCAGCAGCAGGCGCCACUCCAACAGGAAAUAAAGUUUGGAUUAAUGGUCAAACUCAAAACACUGGAACAACUUCUCAACGUCAAUUCGCAGUUCCUGAAAAUCACGUUUUCGAACAGGCCCCACCCCAACAAAGUUGA